AUGGUUUUACCAAUGACCUCAGGCUACGGUCUCGAUCUGCCGAAUGACAUUCAGUUGCAGUAUCUUGCUGAAGGCGGUGCAAAUAUUGUCUACCGCAUUGCCCUCCCACCAAUAUUCAACGUGCCACCAUCAGAGAUCGAAUACUACGGUGAUAUAACGCCACCGCCAACAGAAAUCGAAGAUUCGUUAGAAGCUCGACUCUUUCGUAGGAAUCUUGUGCGAUUGAGGAAGGACGUUCAAUUUGGCUUCCCCUACCGGGACACAGCCAACAACUUCAAUACCAAAAUCCGACAUUUGUUCCGGCCUGAAGAGUUGGUUGACCAGAUUCUUGUCAGGCUACCACCAGACCUGACUGCGCGCUGUAAUGAGCAGCUACGAGCUAGCGAAAGAACUGGGAAACGCCCAACGAAACGCCAUGGUGUUUACCUCGCCCCAAAUGAGCCCUUCGGCAUGCUCAUCACCGAUAUGACCAACUUCGCCGACCCAGCGGCCACAGUCGUUGCCGAAUUGAAACCAAAAUGGCUUGUCCAAUCCCCUUCAGCACCAGCCGGUGCGAGGAGAUGUCGUACAUGCGCAUUACGUGAUAUGAAAAACUCAAACACUGAUGGUGGAAAACCAGCACAACCACCACAGCUAUUAGAACUGUCCAGAUCAUUCUGUCCGUUAGACUUGAUAUCAGAAAAGAUAGAAGACAUCCAGCGCGUAACGCGAAUAUUUAAAGGUCGCUCAGACCAGAUCCGCAUUGCAAAGGCACUUUGCCGUCAUCCGACGCUGCUGAACCUUGUCUCGUUGCAGCAGGCACACAAUGAUGUGGGCCUUCGCGGUCCACCGGUACAUUCAAGAGAGAUGUCACUCGAUCCCCCCGAAGACGGCCCAAUUGAACUCCGUCUCGGCGACCUUGAUCUCAAAACAGCAGCGAGUGGUAAAGCGAGCUACUGGCGGAGCAUCGAGAAUCGGCUUAUUCUAGAAGGAUGGUAUAUGGGAGAGAACCCGAGCCAGGUUCAAACAAGCGGCGAAUGUGCAUUGAGUCGAAUACGGAUGUGA